UGAGCUGGGGGUGGACACUCUUUUAGAGGGGUAACGAGGGGCAUAGGGUGAAGGAAUACUGCUGAAACUUCAGUUAGACUCAACACGCACCUGCUCGUGGGAGUUCCGCUUCUGGAUAUUACACCAGGCUGCCACAUCCACAAGAGCAAUUUUGCACAGCCGCUGUCUGAUUCACUUAAUCCUGAUCUUUUGUGCGAAAGAGAAAGACUAGCACUUUUUGGAGCACUAGAGCGCAAGUUCAAGGUUCUGUUCGAGGGCUAUUCUGAGAGACAUGAUAGAGAAUGAAAUAAAGAGCGCGGCUUCCGUUCCAGAGCAUGGAGAAGUCAAGUAGUGAGGAAUCCGCCAUCCACCGUAGCCCCUCUGUGGACAGCCGCGACUCAGACUUUGCCCAAGCCUCCACCUCCGGACGGCCGUUCGGAGGACGAGGCUUUACCGCCGGCGCCUUUUACGGGUCCACUGGCCCACGUGCACAAAACGCUGCUCAGAGUGGGGCAGCCGGCGACGAUAAAAGCAACAAUAAGUACAAGUCUCCAAAAGGCAGCAAAUACGUGGUCUUUUAUCUGGAUCUAUCCUUUGUGUUCCUCCUAGAGUUCAAGAAGUGCAACAUGGCUAGAGGCUGCCUGUGCUGUCUGAAAUACAUGAUGUUCGUCUUCAACCUCAUCUUCUGGUUGUGUGGCUGUGGGCUGCUGGGAGUUGGAAUCUGGUUGUCUGUGUCUCAAGGCAGCUUCGCCACCUUCUCUCCCUCCUUCCCCUCUCUCUCCGCUGCCAACAUGGUCAUCGCCAUAGGCGCCAUCGUCAUGGUGACGGGCUUCCUCGGAUGCCUGGGCGCCAUCAAGGAAAACAAGUGCCUGCUUCUGAGCUUCUUCAUUGUCUUGCUGAUUAUUCUGCUGGCUGAGCUGAUUUUGCUCAUACUUUUCUUCGUCUACUCUGAUAAGGUCAGUGAGAAUGCAAAGCAGGACCUUAAAGACGGUCUUGCUCUCUACAACACAGACAACAACAUUGGGCUGAGAAAUGCCUGGAAUAUCAUCCAAGCUGAGUGGAAGUGUUGUGGCGUAACUGGUUACACAGAUUGGCACGAGGCUCUGAAAGAAAAGGUUGUGCCUGACCGCUGCUGUCAAGAGCAUUAUCAGGAGUGUGGCCGCAACUCCACCAAUAUGUUCUGGACACGGGGCUGCUACGAGAAGGUUGAAGAGUGGCUUGAAGAUAAUAAGCACCUACUCGGAACCAUCGGCAUGUGUAUCUUGGUAGUUCAGCUCCUGGGAAUGGCCUUUUCCAUGACACUGUUCCAUCAGAUCCACAGAAGCGGGAAGAAGUAUGAUGCUUAACGAGCCCGUUUCUCAAGUGAGGAGCCCUGGUGCAUUAUGGGACAGACUCUGGAGGACAGCUCCUCCUCUUGUAUCUAACUUUCACCACUGGCCAACCCCUCUUCCCAUUAAUUCCCCAGCUUAUACCUUCCCAUCCUGUAUAGACUCCAGCCAUGGUCUGUCUCUUUUCCACUCUCUCUCCCCCAUCUGCUCAUCUGCCAAAGAGACCCGGGGACAGAGAGGAACGAGAGGACCGACUCUUGGCCAGAAUCCUCCCCAUGAGGCCUCUGACUUUCUUUACCUUCUCUAGAACCUUUAUUUUACGCUUGAACUAACUAACGUUUGCAGGAAGGAGAAUAAUGACAACAAACUGUGUGGCUUUACUAAUACGUAAAUCCUUCCGCCCAACAUAUAGACGAGAUGAGAAGACAUCAGACUGGAAACCUUCUGGGUGGAUGAUUUUGAAAAGCAUCGUUCGUCAUCACUUCCAUCUACAGUGUAAAUGACAAACGGCUUCAUUUUAGCAUGAUGCGGUUUUGUACGAGACAGAAAACUUGUCAUUUCGGCUCAAGACUUUUUAGUUUGUUCGUUUUUAUAAGUGACUUUGUCCCAAACCCCAUAAUUGUCAUUUUUGUGCACCUAAGGAUUGGAAGAAACCGGUACAAAGAGUGUAGCGAGGUAUGACCAGGAAUCUGAGUUUUGUCUUUGUGUGUUGGAUAUAAGCCUUUUCUUAUGUUUAAAGGUUUGCGAUUUGAGAACGCAUCGAAACGUGUCGAAAGUUUCACCCUGGUGAGAACCAUCACAAUCUAAUGUCAGUGUAAUACAUCAAACAGGGAGUGUUUUUGCACAUGCUAACUGUCUGAUUAGCCAGCCAUCCACAUUCAUGCAAGAACAUCAUCUUUGUUAACCACUAAAAGGUCAUUUUAACCAAACUGCUACCUACUAAAACUGUAGCAUAGACAAUGAAGAGAAGUUUAGGCAAGGUUACAAAAGUUGGUAAACUAGACAUGUAUAAAAGGCAGAGAGCUUUGAGAGUUUGACCAAUUGUCCAUGUUUUGCUCGUUGAAUCCCAAGUUUUUACCACAAAGAAUGUCAAAACAGAGCUUAGUGAUAGAGAGCCCAACUAGUUCGUCUUUGCAAAUUUCUUCUGGGACAGUAGCGUUUAUGUUUUUGGAAGACUUAGAGUGAAAUGAAUUUACUUAAACCUUCAUGUCAAAUCUACAGGACUUUCUUCUAUGGACACAAAAGGAAAUCGUUUGUAGAACGUGGCUCUAUGUUGUAAAACAAAAGCAGACUUGAUGUUUUUAAACUCUAAAAAGAAGGUUUAAAAAUACUGCAAAUACAUGGCAUAUGACGUGACCGGUACUUUACAGUUUUUUAAGUUUUGUUCCCUUCAACACUUAGUUGCUGAGGAAAAGAGUCUCAUCUGUGCAUAUUUAAACUUGGUGAGUGUUAAUAUGUAAAUGUGCCGAGUUGCAAGGCGCAAGUUUAAACGUGGUAAUUUUAUGGAACUUUGUGAUUGAUGGGCGUUGUAAUUCUGCUGAAAUGACCUUUCUGACAUGUUAUGUGGGCGCAUAUUACUUGUGGGCUAGAUAAUGACUUAAAUUGGUGGUCUGUUGUCCUUUUGUGUCCUACAGAAGAAAAUCACAGGGUACAGAAUGACAUGAAGAGACAGAAAUUUCCUUCAACCAUUUCUUUAAAGUAUCCCUAGCAGGAUAUCUAGCUCUAAUGAAAACCUGACAGAACUGUGAAAAUUGUCAAUACCGCUCCACUGCAUGAUACAAAUCUAACCGCAUACAGUACAGCGGAGCAGCACAUAGUGUUAGUUAUGAUAAUAGACUGUAAUCCACCGGCUAUAAUUCAUUUAGAGAAAGAGUGUCUGCAGUGUUUCUGUUUCCGCACACCUCAGCUUUAUAGCCUGUUUUUCCGUCUCUCUGCUUUUUUCUGUCUCCAUCUGUCUUUUAGUUUCAAGCAUCAGGCUGGAACGGUUACAUUCCUGCUGAACGGGGUGAUAACGCUUCUGUAUCACACAGCCUAAAGGGACUCGCUUCAAAGCAAAUGCAUCUUGACGAGGAAGUUUUGAAGCGAAAGUGCGUUCAGCAGCACAGUUUUUAGGGGUUUAAAAUCACUGAGCGGUAGAUGGGGCGUGAUGAUGGCUGAGAGACGAGCAGAGUGGGGUCAUCUGAUGGUCUCCAAUCCAGACCGUCUCGAAGAUUACGCGCUGUCCCUUAAGAGCUCGGCGCGUGAACGUUUUUUAACGUGUGACCGAGAGGGACGUGUUAGAGCACUCGAGAUGGAGAGAGAAAUAAUAACACCUCUCAAACACUCACUGACACACAAUCUUUGUUUACUGUAGUUUAGAAAAAUUGCUUUAUAUUAAGAAACAGUUGGGACCAGAAGCGACAGCUACUUCUGACGUUCAUCCCGCGUCGAAAUGGAGGGGAAAGAGUGCUUCUGCUCUGGAUGAGUGUAGGAACUCUGUCGCUGAACACUGCUGCUAUAAGAGCCACCUGUGGUCAUUAAGAUAGUGGAAAAAAUACUGAGAAACUGCAGACUCUCACACUCUGCCUUCAACAUGAAGCCAAAAUUGAAUAUGUUUUAUGUUUUUUUUUAAUAAAAGAUCCCCAGUUUAGCUUACUCUUACAUUUUGCCGAUAGUAAAAGCAUUCCCACUUUAUAUUAGGUGGCCUUAAUUACUAUGUACUUACAAUACAAUACAUGUUUUUGCAUUAACCUUAUAUUUUAAAAAAUACAUAUAUGUAGUUACAUACCCCCAAACCUGACCCUAACCUUACCCGUAUAGCAGCAAAAGUGUUUUGCAAUACAAUAUGAACACCAUAAGUACACUGUACGUAUUUUUUGAUGCAAGCACGCAGUAGUUAAGGCCACCUAAUAUAAAGCAUUCUUAAAACAUUGGUUAACUUCUAAAUGCUGCAAAUAAUUACAGAUUUGAAAAAGGUGCGUUACUGUUGGGAUACAACCUACAUUUGAUUUAAUCAAUAAACGUGCUGUUUUAAUCAUAAAUGUGUCACGUUAUAGAUGUAAAAGGGGUGUUUGACGUUGGCUUUGUGUUAUGAGGCGUUUGUAUCAGGAGGACUGAAAUCUACAGCAUUUUUCAAUCGAUUCCGCAUGUUCACCGUCGCUCGCAAACAGAAACGAUGCAAGAAAAUGUUCUAAUAUGCAAGCCUGUCUCCAAUAGGCCAGUCAACGUUAUCGCCAUCAUAAAUGAAAAUGUUUUUUUUUGCGUUACGCCUGGUGGUCUGGCUUUAAACCCAUUUCUGCUUUGAGAACACAGUGGAGUUAGUCAAUACUAGCUCUGAUUAGGUUUGCACUGAUGCGCUCCAUCUGCUCAGUGUACUGUCUCUAACCCCGCCACACUAAACUUCAGCGACGUGUCCCAACCCUCUUAUCUGACUGAUUUACAAACUUUGGCCGCAAAAUAGCAUCCUGUGAACUAAUCCCGUGUGUAAGCUUUCCAAGGUUAGGAAUCGUUUGAGUUUGGAAAGUUUUUUUUUUUUUUUUUUUUUUUUGGUCUUUGUUCCAAUGUUUUAAUUUUUGAAAGAUGUCCUUAAACCCAUCUCUCACUGUUACUGUCUUUUUGAAAAGUAUAUACAAUACCCAUCUUUUUCUUUAUAUUUUUUCACUGUUAUAGGCUACGUUGUGUAUUUAAAUCUGAAAUAGUCAGAUGUUGAGUACUUAUAGUGUUGAAUGACACCAUAUCAUGUUGAACAACCAGCAACGGUUUGGCAUUAGCAAUUUUAAUUUUUACGGAUUUUUAUAUUUUCCAAUGCAUUUGUGUCAAGCUUAAUGCACGUAAACAUUUCACUACCGGAUCAUCUCAUAAACCGUAGCAAAUGUGUAUGACAUCUGGGGCAUAUCUGUUUAAUAUGCAACGAAGACAUUGCUUUUUGCUAGCUGUCUAAAUAUGUCUGUUGAGUAUCUAAAGGUGCUUGAUACUCCAACACAAUGUUGUAAUGUCAUUUUUUUAGUUGUUAUUUUUUGUACACUGUAUGUUGUCAUUUGUUUUGUAUCAUAUAUUUUGUCAUGUUUUGAUUUUAAGGGUGUGCUAAGCAUAGAUUAGGUUUUUGCAUUAUAAAAAUUCUAAAUGGUUUUUUUUCCCCUAAUUUCUGGUUAGAAUUAAUUUAUUUUUGGAUUUCUUAAUGAAUACUAUCAAAUUCACAUUUUAUUUUCUAGAAAUUGUAUUAAUUGCCCAAUUUUAUAAAAGCAAGGUAUAUAUCUCUAUAUAUCUAUCAUACUGAAGAUGGCCCAUAUAAAUUCAUAUCUCCAGAACAUCUGAAAGCUUGCACACUCAUGCCGUCUGAUUGUAUAUUUUGGGAUAUUUUUUCAACAGUCAUUUAAACUAAUUUUUUACCCAUUUGUGUUUUAAUUUUUGUUUUGUUUUUGUACCUAUUAAUUCAGUAAUUAAGUUGUAGAUCUGAAUGAAAUGUUGGCAUUUGUUGGUACUCAAUUCUGAUGUUUUUAAUGAACAGUGUUGCAGGAACAAGAAAGCGUUCUUAUUGGUGAUCUAAAAGACUACAGCACAAACAACUAACAACUCUUGAACAGACACUGCCAUUAAUAAUCUAUUAAUUUGGUAUACUUGGGGUCAAAAAAAGGGAUCUAAAAAGUAAUGAAUUUCCAUAAUCGCUAUCAUAUCUGUAUUUUUGUACUGCCAUCCUAACCACCACCAGUAAGCUGCACAUACAAGCUGUAGAAGCGUAUGCUCUCGAGUGACGUGUUUAAUGUAGUGUCCUGGUGAGUGGCAGUUAUCAGAUAUCUUGUGAACCCAGAUUUGUCCUGUGGAGUAUUUUGCUACAUGUAAAGCACUAUAAAUAUAUUAAGUGGUGCACUAAAUUGCAUUCUUUAAAUCCUACUAUUUUUUAAAUAAAGGAAAGUGUGUUGCCAAA